CCCAUUCCCCAAGCCCUCUGUCCGUCUCCUCUGGUAGGCUCCACAAUGGUACAGGCAGCCUCCCGCUGCACAAUGGUUUCCAGGCAGUGAGAGAGGGUGAUUCAGCAAGCCACUCUUCUCUUCCAACCGCCCGUCUCUUUUUAUUUUUAUGGGAGUGGGUGGUGCUUCAUAUAUUAUAUGCUUACCUUUUUUUUCUAUUUUCGUUUUUACAAAUUUCCUUUCUCUUCCUCACUCCUCAAUUCCCAGGGGCUUGAGUGAGCUAAAGAUUGGGUCUUCUUGGAAAUCACCUGUCUGUUAUUAUUUUUAAACAAUCUCCACACCUCCAAAGACUCUCCUCCUUAUUCCGGCUUGGAAUGUGGCUAAUGAAAACCCAGUAGGGAGGAUUUCUGAGGCAAGCAUCCGGACCAAGAUCCUAGUUCUCAGGCACGGAAUGGCUAGUGUGAGAACACCACCGGCAGGACCCUCCCAGAUCUUGGUUAUGGCAACUCACGCAAGAAGCUGUUGAAUUAGACCCCUUUCCUAUAGAUGAGAAACCACACAAGCAGUGGAAAUCUGAAAAGAAGAGUCAGUUUCACCAAGGAAGAUAUGAGAGCAGGAGGUUUGUGACUGGACUAGAGGAAACUGGAAUUUGAGCUGAAAAGGUAUUUAUGAGCCUCCAUUUCUUGUACUACUGCAGUGAACCAACCUUGGAUGUGAAAAUCGCCUUUUGCCAGGUGUGUGUUCCUCACAGGUAAAACAAGGGAUUCGAUAAACACGUGGAUGUGUCAUAUAUUGCCAAACAUUACAACAUGAGCAAAAGCAAAGUAGACAACCAGUUCUACAGUGUGGAAGUAGGAGAUUCGACCUUCACCGUUCUCAAGCGCUACCAGAACCUGAAGCCAAUUGGCUCUGGGGCUCAGGGAAUAGUUUGUGCUGCAUACGAUGCUGUCCUCGACAGAAAUGUGGCUAUUAAGAAGCUCAGCCGACCCUUCCAGAACCAAACUCACGCCAAGAGGGCUUACCGGGAGCUGGUCCUCAUGAAGUGUGUGAACCAUAAAAAUAUUAUUAGCUUAUUAAAUGUUUUCACACCUCAGAAGACGCUGGAGGAGUUCCAAGACGUUUACCUAGUGAUGGAGCUGAUGGAUGCCAACUUGUGUCAGGUGAUUCAAAUGGAGUUGGACCACGAGCGGAUGUCUUAUUUGCUGUACCAGAUGUUGUGUGGCAUCAAGCAUCUCCACUCUGCUGGAAUUAUCCACAGGGACUUAAAACCCAGUAACAUUGUGGUCAAGUCUGAUUGCACUCUGAAAAUUCUUGACUUCGGACUGGCCAGGACAGCAGGCACAAGCUUUAUGAUGACUCCGUAUGUGGUGACACGAUAUUACAGAGCCCCUGAGGUCAUCCUGGGAAUGGGCUACAAGGAGAACGUGGAUAUAUGGUCUGUGGGAUGCAUCAUGGGAGAAAUGGUUCGCCACAAAAUCCUCUUUCCCGGAAGGGACUAUAUUGACCAGUGGAACAAAGUCAUCGAGCAGCUAGGAACUCCGUGUCCAGAAUUCAUGAAGAAAUUGCAGCCUACAGUCAGAAACUAUGUUGAGAACCGGCCCAAGUAUGCUGGACUCACCUUCCCCAAGCUGUUUCCAGAUUCCCUUUUCCCAGCGGACUCUGAGCACAAUAAACUCAAAGCCAGCCAAGCCAGGGAUUUAUUGUCAAAGAUGUUAGUGAUCGACCCGGCUAAGAGGAUAUCGGUGGAUGACGCCUUACAGCAUCCCUACAUCAACGUUUGGUAUGACCCAGCUGAGGUGGAGGCGCCUCCUCCUCAGAUAUAUGAUAAACAGCUGGAUGAGAGGGAGCACACCAUUGAAGAAUGGAAAGAACUUAUCUACAAGGAAGUAAUGAACUCAGAAGAAAAGACUAAAAAUGGCGUAGUGAAAGGACAGCCCUCUCCUUCAGGUGCAGCAGUGAACAGCAGUGAGAGUCUCCCUCCAUCCUCGUCUGUCAACGACAUCUCCUCCAUGUCCACCGACCAGACCCUUGCAUCCGACACUGACAGCAGCCUGGAAGCCUCGGCCGGACCCCUGGGUUGUUGCAGGUGACUAGCCGCCUGCCUGCGAAACCCAGCGUUCUUCAGGAGAUGAUGUGGUAGAACACAGCACACAUGCACAUUGCGCGCACACACACACACACACACACACAUACACACACACACAGUUUGCACACACAUAUGCAUACACAAAGACACUCUCACACAUGCACAAAAACAUAUACGCGAUGUCAAGAAAAUAGCAAGAGAGAGAUCCAACCUAAAAUUAAGAUAAAUCUUUCUGCCUGCUUCUCCAAAGUUCUGUAUUACAGCUAAGCUGAAAUGUAUACUUCUAGUUGCUCUUGCUUUGGUCUCCUUCAACAGUGCUUACUACACAAAAUAAAUCAGACACAAUUAGAGAAGCCUUUUCCCCAAAGUGUAUUUUAAAUGGCUGUGAAACCAGCAACCCGUUAGUGCCCUUCAAAUGGCAUGACAAGGUGUGCAGUGGCCCCAUCCAGCAUGUGUGUGUCUCUAUCUUGCAUCUACCUGCUCCUCUUGGCCUAGUCAGAUGGAUGUAGAUACAGAUCCGCAUGUGUCUGUAUUCACACAGCACUACUUAGAGAUGCUCCUGUCAGUGUCCUCAGGGCUCUACCAAGACACCAUGCACUGGGGUACCACAUGGUCCAUUUCAUGUGAUCUAUUACUCUGACAUAAAUCCAUCUGUAAUAUAUUGCCAGUAUAUAAGCUGUUUAGUUUGUUAAUUGAUUAAGCUGUAUGUCUGAUAAGAAAAUAUGUAAAGGGGAAAUAUGGGGGAGUGAACUCUCAGACCCUUGAAGAUGUAGCUUCCAAAUCUGAACCGAUUAAAUGGCACCUGUAUACCAA